UGGUUGGAUUCUAAUUACACCUUCUCUCUCUCUACAUCUCUCUCUCUUGAUUUGAUUUUGCUUCCUUAAUUGUGAAUUAAUCAUCAUCAUUUAUUAUUUCCAUUUUCGAUCAACUGUUCUUUCAAUUUCUCUCCCAAAGUUUUUAUGGCAUUCGAUACUUUGCUCUUUAGUUUCUGUCGCACUGUUUCUGCCUAUCUUUUUCUACCCUUUUUCAGAUUCUUCUUCUCCAUUUCCAGGGUGAGAAGAAAUGUCGAUUGGGAAUCAGUUCCUCCAGAAGCUUCUAAUAAAUCAGAAAUUACAGAAUUAUUGACAAGGAAAUUUAAGUUUCCGACAUUCGAAGAAUUCAGGAGAAUCCAGCCUGGAAGAACUGUCAAUAAUUCCCUUGAUGAAGAAUUUCUGCUAAAAACAAUUUCUGCUUCCAGGGCCGCCAUUGAUGAACCUGCAAAAAAUGGAAGAAAACCCCUAUCUAAAAUGGCCGAUGAGGAAUUUCCAGGAAUCCAGGCCUGUCCCGACGAGCCAUCCAUGUCAUCUUCAGACAAGAACAUCGAAUCCAGGGAUUGGAAAUCGAAGAAAUCUUUACCAGGCUUCGAGGAAAACGAGGAAGAUUCCAACGGCUAUAAAACAGGGAAAUCAUCCAUGGAAGAAACGACGACAGAAUUGGAGACAUUGUGGGAGCAUCAAGAACUGAUCGAACAGUUGAAAAUGGAGCUUAGGAAAGUCAGAGCCACAGGGCUUCCGACAAUUCUCGAAGAAUCCGAUUCGUCGCCGAGGGCAAUAACCGGCGUGGCAUUGAAGCCGUGGAAAAUCGAGGAUGAAAGCUUUAAGUACGAGGAUUGCGUUGACGAGGUCGAAAAGUUCUACAAAGCUUACAUCGAGACGAUGCGUAAAUUCGACAUCCUCAACUACCAAAAGAUGUACGCCAUCGGUUUUCUUCAACUCAAAGAUCCUUUUCGACCCUCGGUUCAACAAAAAGGGUCGCCCUCGACGCUCAAAUCCUUCGUAUCUAAGAAUCUUUGGAUUUUUAAGCACAAGCAACAGGGGCAUAACCCCGACCCCGCGGGGGCAUUUGUCGGGGAAUUGCAAGAAGACCUCGAGGUCGUGUAUGUCGGGCAAGUGUGUCUAUCGUGGGAAUUCUUGCGAUGGCAAUACAUGAAGGUCGUAGACUUAUGGAAUGUCGAUCCCCACGGGAUUCGACAAUACAAUGAGGUUGCUGGCGAGCUUCAGCGGUUUCAAGUGCUCGUGCAACGGUUCGUGGAAGACGAACCGUUCCAAGGGCCGCGGGUUCAAAGUUAUGUUAAAAGUCGAUGUGUGCUUCGCAACCUUCUUCAAGUUCCCGCCAUAAGAGAAGACAAUCCAAAGGACAAGAACAUGGACAAUACAAGUGUUCAUACCAACAACCGCGACGAGUACUUCGUCACGACCGAAAUGCUUGUGGAGAUCGUAGAGGAGUCGAUUCGGACGCUAUGGGUAUUUGUCCGAACCGACAAAGAUUGCAACACUCUACCAACCAAUGGCCGCAAGAAAAAAACCACGGCGAAACUCCACAAUCCUCAGGACCACAAAUUACUAUCCGAAGUUGAGAAAAAUCUUCGAAAGAAAGAAAGAAAGUUGAAGGACAUUGUGAGGAGUGAGAAGUGCAUUUUGAGAAGAUUACAAUAUUCAGACAUUAGAGAGGAUGGAGGUGGUCGUGAUUCCAACCAAGUUCUUAAUUUGUUCUUUGCAGAGGUAGAAAUGAAGUUAGUUUGUAGGGUUUUGAACAUGUCGAAAAUAUCGAGAGAUCAGCUCAUUUGGUGCCGGAAUAAACUUAGAGCGAUCACCUUUGUGAGUCGGAAAAUAUACAUAGAACCGGGGUUUCUGUUGUUCCCGCAACCUUAGUAUGGUAUGGUUUAAAUAUUUGUAAUAAAUGAUCGGUGUCAUAUUAAUUGUUAGAGAAUAUGAUCGACUAUGUUAUAUGAUCGUAAAUUGACUAUAAAUAUCAAU